AUCGCCAUCGCCAUGCAGCCAACAAGGCCAGCUGAUGAGCGACCCAAUCUCUUGCGGCCCUUGCGCUUGAAACCGGUGCAGCGUGAGGCACCUCGCUUUGCCUCUGGAGAUGUGGAAGAUGACGCUGCAGAUGCCCCUGACGAAUCGUCCCAGGGUGAGAUCCUCGAGAGGCCUUUGGUGUAUGUCCGCGUUCGACCAGAUGGCGCAGACAAUGCAAAGUCUGAAGGGGGCAUCAAGGUGGAUGGCACCAAUGUCACAUACCCGGUGCCCAAGAAAGAUAGAAAGAACACCAUCUCGGUGGAACAUGUCUUCGAAGAGACAGCAUCACAAGAGGAUGUCUUUCAGAAAGUUGUGCGUGAGCAGGUGAUGACCUACAUCCUUCAAGGAUUUAGAGCGUGCAUUUUUGCCUUUGGCAUCACCGGUUCUGGAAAGAGCUACACCAUCCUUGGGAACGGAGAGCAGGUUGAGUCGCAAGGUUUGCUCCAGCGGACCAUUCAGGAUUUGUUCGCACAAGACCUGGACAACUUCUCCAUGUCGAUGCAAGCCAUCCAGCUUCACCGUCAUAGAUUUGAAGAUUUGGGUGUGGCGCAGAAAGAGCUUGUCAAGGUGAACAGCACGAUGCACGUGGACAAAACCGACUGCUCGGAGCAUAAGUUCGACUCAGCAGCUCCGGCGCUGGAGUGGCUGGAUGGGGCCUUAACUCGUCGGAAUGUGAAAGCUACAGGAGGGAACAAGGUGUCUUCACGCAGCCACCUGGUGGUGCGGGUGAAGCUGCAAUUCACUUUGGAUGGCGAAGGGCGAAAUGCGGUCUUGGAUGUGGUGGAUUUGGCCGGCAGCGAACGAAUUCGCACUGAUUUGGAUGAAGAAACGUCUAAAGACCACAUUGCCAUUCAAGCAGGACUGUCUUGCCUGCAGAAUUGCAUCGAGAGCAAAAUCCACAAUGUGAAGUUGCCUCAAAAUCAACAACGCUUGGUGCCCUUCACUCACUUUCCUCUGACGAAAUUGUUGGCUCCUGACUUCACAGGUGAUGCCAUUGUGGCCAUGAUCUUGACCUUUUCAACGAAGCUGGACCGAGCUGCAGAGGUUGCGGAGACACUGCAUUUCACCAGUCGGAUGUUAGGCUUCCGGAUUGCUGCAAAGAAACAAGGCGUCACGGUGCAGGCUCAGAAGUUUGAGGAUUUGAUGGCCCGUGCUUUGCCUCGUCCUUCCGAGUCCCAAAAGCCUGAAUUGCCAAUGACCAAAGCUGUGAGUGUCAAAGCGCAAAAACUACACGAGUUGGAAAAACAGCAAAAUGAGGAGUUGAGAGAAGAGGUGAGAAGGCUCCGACUGCAGCUGGAACAGUUGGAGAAAGAAGUUGUGUCACCUCUUGGUGCUUUGGCUUCGGAGUUGAAAGAGCUUGCAAAAGCAUCAGAAACUCAGCCAGCAUCAGCUGACUUGAUAUCUCGAGCUCGCAAAGUUAUGCAAGAUAUGCAGGAGAAGUAUCCGCAAGAUGUGAAAAUGAUUUGGGCAAAUUGGUCUGAGGACCUCCAACCAGGUAAGAUCAAAGGGGAUCUCAAGGAGUUUGCUCAGCAUUUCCGACAGCUGGAGCACCGGGUGGUGCAGCAUGAGAAGGAUAUUUGCUCUCUGAUGGAGCGUCGAGCCGCUCUCCAGACCAUGGCCAAAAAUGGUGAAGCGGGAGAGUUGCAUCGACGUCAAUUGGAGGUUCUGGAUGCUCUCUUGGCCGAAGCCACUGAAGGACGGCCAUCGCUGCGUGAGUUCUUGAGUUCUUGGGAGCAGCAAUGGAGAGACCUCCUGGAGAAACGGCAAGAGCUGCGUGACUUGGAGGCUGCUGCAGCAAGCUCCAUGGAGAAUUCCGAAGCAAGGCACAUGCCGUUGGCAGAGACGUUGGAUGCAGAUUGGGCUCAAUGGUCCAACGGAGGAGUUAGUGAGAUCGAGCGACUCAUUGAGGAGUUCCUUGGUGAUGCCAUUUGGAUAGGAUCCAUCUCCUUAUCCCUGCCUCUGAAAGCGGAAAUCACAUGCCUGGGGCCAGUGGUCUUAAACACCGUGCUAAUUUUGACACGAUCAGCAUUCUUUGCAGAGGUGAGACAGAGCCUCUACAGGUUCUCUGAAGCCUCCCAAAAGGAAUUGGUCGAAUUCUUUACUGAACUCAAAGCCGAAGUGGUGAAGCUAGUGGAUUCCAUGACCCAGGAGGUCUCCGUGUGGCUAGAUGAAGAACGUGUGGCAUCGGCCUGGCAAAAUCAUGCGAAACAGGCUAGGCUUCUAGCCCUGCUGGCCCUGUUGGUUCAAGGCUUAUGCCAGGCAGCAGAAAUGCCCAGGGGCAACAAACCCCGUGAGCGGGGUACUGUGGUCGCUUGGAAAACUGCUGAGUAUGGCUUUGUGAAGCGCGAGGGGCGUCACAACGAUGACAUCCAGCUACACGUGGCCAAUGCCAAGGGUGAGAGAUUCAAGAAAUAUGUGCGCCGCUAUGGCAUGCAAGCUGGAGUCAGAGUCAAGUUUGAUGUUGACUUUGAGGAGGAGGACGACUUCGCCCAGCGCAUCGUUUCCUUCGCGGCCGUUGCCUUCGUCCCAUCGCUGCUGCUCUCUGUGGCGGUCUUCCCGCCCAGCAACGAGGCGUUGAUUUUCGGCCGGCUGGUGGAUCUAUGGGGGCUUGCCGAAACAGCGCUGGGCGAUGGCAUUUUCCUGCCCAACAUGUUAGCAGCGUUCUCCUACGGUGUUGGCCUCACCAUGGCUGUGACCUUCAUCCUCUUGCUGCGCAUUAGCAGCUUCGUGGACCCGUUGAACAAGAACCUCAAGGCAACGUCCUAUGUGGUGGAAGAUAGCCGAAGUCAAAGAAGUUUGGCCGGGGAUGGUGGCUACUACAGUUCCUCGGCCGAAGAGGGUUUGGUUGAUGAAGCCACUUCCGGCAAUGGCGUUCUGGACACUUUUGAAAUGCUACCCCGGGCCACCUUUUUACCUGCCACCCGUUACGCCGUUGCCUCAGUGGAGCGUCGCCAAAAGACCAGCGACGAGAUUCAGCGCGACCAACUGCUGGGAGAAUAUCAGACGGGUCCGGCCAUGAGUCGCCUGCGUAAAUAUCUCUUAGGCGCGGCGGCUGUUUCAGCCUUGGGCUGGAUUGUAGGAAGCGUCUCAGGGGGAGAGAUGAGUUUACGGGAAGACGAGGAAGAUGAACGCAAGUGUGGCACCUUGGUGGCAGCUGCGGCUGAAAACAGCAUAGGAACCCGUUGCAUUCCGGGUUUGAUGACGGAUGAUACCAACAUCGAGAUGAAUGGCUACAGACUCUUCCGCUGA